AUGCCGCGAAAACGUGCUACAGAAAAUGGAGCUAAUGGUAAUGGCGCUGCACCAAAGCAAACUAGGACUCGUAAGAAGAAAGAUACUUCAACAACGCUUCCUCCAACAAAUAAUAUGAUGAUGACAAAUGUACCAAAUGCUUACGAUCAUAAUGGAGUCGCAAUGCAACAGAUGAAUGGACCUUCACAUAUGAUGAUGAUGAACCAUGAUGACGGAUCUCUAAUGCAAUCAUCUUAUGGAAUUCGGAUGCCUCCGAACAACGUAGGUCACAUGCAACCUCAGCAGCCUGAUUAUUACUACUCGCAAAAUAAUGCUUCUGUUGCCAAUGGUAAUCAUGUUCCUAUUCACCAACAACAAGGUCCUCCACAACAUCAUGGAAUGUAUAGUAAUAUGUCUGGACAAGGAACUCAACAACCACAAUAUUUAGAAAAUGAAAGGUCUCAGAAUUCUUUUUUGCCUCCGCCUCCACCUAUGCAUCAACCUUCUAUAAAUGGUAGUAAUAGUAACCCUAAUCAACAACAUCAAAUGAUGAUGAGAAUGCCCCAAGUACAACCUCAAAUGAUUCAGCAACAGCAACAACAACAACAACAAUCACACUCAGGAAAUAUGCAACAACCACAACAAACACCUCCACAACAAUUAGGAAAACAAGGAAAAAUUAUGGAUAUGAAUAAUAGAAUGCAUACAUUUGUAACAACACAUAUAGCCGAAUGUGAUAAAGCUCAAUGGUGGGAAGCUUUUUCAAAUGAAUUUUUUGAAAAUGAUGCAAAAUUUACAUUAACAUUCGUUGAAAAAGGACCACUUCAAUAUACAAUAGGAAGAUCUAAUAUACCUCGUUUCUUUAAAAGAUUAUUUGAAUGUAAUAUAAGAGAAUCAUUUUAUAUAUUACAAUCACAAUGUAAAGAAUCUCCUGUAAAUUUAUCACCUCAUAAUCAACCAACAUUUAUGGAGUGUGAUUCAGUUAAUUAUAUACUUAAAUAUUCUUGUACUCCUGCAUUUGAAGUUCAUAACAAUUGUAGAUUGAUGGUUGAAUUUGGUUUUGACAAUAUGUUUGGAUAUCGAAUUCGCAAAUGGAACUUAGAAAUGAGGCGUUCAAAAGAAGUUACUAAUAAUGAAUAUGGAGGAAUGCAAAGUUAUGUUCCUACUUAUAAACCUGAACAUUUUAUGGGAAUUCCAAUGGAAGCAUUAAGAUUAUUAGAAGCAUGUGUUAUUCUUGAACCAAUGCAGGCAUUAAUGCACUUAACUCGUUCAUCUAAUAUUAAUCCACGCGAAGCACUCACACAUUUAUCUUUUCAAGGAUAUCAAAAAGCACACUCACAUCCAGGGCAAAUUCAACCAAAUUCUCAAAUGAAUAUUGGAAUGAUGAAUAGUAUGACAAACCAACCAAAUAUGAUGUUACCACCGGGUAACGUUGAUGAUGUACAAGUUAAACCUAAACAAACUAGAAAAAGACAACGUAAAAAUGCCACAAAUACAACAACUGGUGGUGGUAGAGCAACACCAGCUAAAAAGAAAAAUGCUAAUCAAACAGCAUCACCGAUGCCACCAAAUCCACCACCUAAUUAUAUGCCACAAAAUCAUGGGUACCACCCACAAGGUGUUAUGGUAGUUUCAGAACCUUCUAUGAUGGGAAAAGGAUAUGGUGAAAAUGACGAAAGAGCAAUAACUCGUAUUGAAAAUACUUAUUAUGAUAAUCAAGGUUAUCAACAAAAUUAUUCUAAUAUGCAUUCUGUGGUUAAUGGUCUUCCACCACCAAAUCAACAAAUGCAACCAACAGGUUCAUUAAUUCCACAAGCAGUAGUAUCCCAGUCCCAACAACAACAACAAAUGCAUCAAAUUCCUUCUUCACUUGCUCAACAUUUGGCUCCAAAUCCAUCAAUGAAUAUGGGACCUAAUAACAAUAUGCUUAGAACAUAA